AUGAAAUCGGUUUAUGGAAUAAUACGCGUUCGCCAGCGAGUGACAAAUUCCACAACGUGCCGUCUGGUAAGCUUUCAGCGAGAUAGUGGUUGUUCUUCGUAAGGAAAUACAAUGGCGAAACGUACUCGUAUCUCAGAUGUACAGAGAGGUAUUUCAGAGCGGUUUUUCGAAGGAAGGAUGGUUGGAACGGGAACCAUGUACAAGGAGACGGUUUUAAAGGCGUCAACAGACACUGGUUUGACGAAGGCACAAGUCGAGGUAAGCUUAAUCAUUUUGUUAACCUCAGUUGUAGCUUUAUACCAGGUUGUACCUCAUUUUAUCUCAAUAAUUCCACGAAUCAAACAAAACUAACGAUUCGUAUAGAUCGUAGAUGCAUUUAUACGUCAAUAAUAGCCUAACGGUUAAAGUUUAUUGGAUGUUGUUUUAGAUCGUGAUCAGGUACAGUUACAGACAGUUAACUCUGCUUUACUCAGACUCAAGAUCAUUGACGUUCAUUACACGUGCGUAUUUACCUUUCAAGGUAAUCCAUUGAAUUCCGAAAUGUAAGGUUUCUAUUUGAAAACAUUAUAAACGUAAGAUCAUAUGCAAAGAUGAGGACUUCAACUGUACAAAUUUAAGAUAGUUGUAUUAUUAUUAUUAUUUUUAUUAUUCAACCCCACAAGCUCAUUUUGUCAAAGCAAGGUUCAGUUAAUCCCAGGUUAGGAUGAAGUAGAGGAUGUCCGUUGUAGAUCUGUUGUCUAAAGGAUGUUAAAUACUAUUUUCAAGCAUGUACGAAUACUAUAUCUUAUGGUCAGGCAUUAUUGCAGUAUUUCUCAGUAGUUCUGAUGCAAACCUCCUCUUUCUUCUCCCCUCCUCUCCUUUUUCCUCAUGACAACACUUUUAUGGUCUUUGAUCAAAAUUAAUAUUAAAUAGCUUUCGUAUGUUUAUUCAGUUGUCAUCAGUGGUUAAUUAAUACUAAUUUUAACAUAAUGAGUAAUAUAACAAUUACACUGAAUGAUUUUUGCAGACGUGGAUUGGGAAUCAGAAAAGAACAAGGCCACAAGAAUCAUCUUCUUCUGCAGAUGUCACAUUAAAAAGAAUCAAAGGUGUCAAAGGACCAAAUUCUUACAAUUCAUUUUGUGCUGAAUUCUUUAAAACAGGUACUUGUAUUAGAAGGAAAAUAUAU